CUUGUGAACACUCCGAGCCACAAAGCGCUUAUGUGAUAUGAUCCUCUGCAGAUCUCACGUGUGAUUGCUGAAAUAAGCCAAAGCUAUCAUUAUUAUAUCUAAUAAGCCUAGGUAAAAAUAGCCCUACUUCUUGGGCGCCUGUGAUGUACGUAUAUCUGGCAGACGAACUGCCGAAUAACAAUGGCAAACGUUCCAACUCCCGCUAACAUAGCCUCCGAGUGGACCUGAAAGGAUUUGUGGACCGAAGGAUUCUGCAUCGCCCUGGAACGAUGGCCCGGGGCCAAGGAUGUCGAUCAUCGUGGCUGACGGUCGCUAAAUCACGGUGGACAGCGCUAACCACCUUCGCAACUCAGUCGCAAUCAUUUAAGAGCAUGCAAGACGAACACUAGCCAGGAACCCUUGAAGUGUGAACACAAAGUGAUUUUAACAGACACAACAGCAAAGGAAAAUGGCUCAGUCGUAUCCUCUUUUUGCCCUCUGGCUUCUUCUCUUAUCAGUUGUAUCUAGCACAGCGAUUCCACUCCGAACAGGGAUCUUCGCCCCUGUCAAGGGUGGUAGUGUGACAACAAGAGCCGAUAAGGUGCCCCUAAGAAUUCUCCCACUCGGCGCAUCGAUUACAUGGGGUGUAAACUCUGCUUCUGGAAAUGGUUACCGGGGGCCUUUACGGGGUAAACUUACCUCAGCCGGUUGGGAAGUCGAUAUGGUCGGAACUAAACACCACGGUAACAUGAAAGACGAUAAUGUCGAGGCGCAUUCCGGCGACACCAUCGAUCAGGUCAAGGCAGCGGCCCAGGGAUCCCUCAAAUAUAAACCGAAUGUGGUUUUGAUCAAUGCGGGAACCAACGAUUGCAGACGCAACAUUAGCAUCCCAGGCGCUGGCGAGCGUAUGCGAUCCCUGAUUGAGAGUAUUCUGAAAGCUGAGGACACACACGACGCAACGAUUGUCUUGUCCACCUUAAUACCCUCUGUACAGAAAAUGACUGAGGCCAACCGUCCCAACGUCAAUCGCCAGUACCGGUCUUUAGCUAACAAGAUGCAAAAAGAUGGUGUCCGCAUCGUGUUGGCUGAUAUGGACCCUGAGACAGACGAUGAUAACAACCGGCUCUCAUACCCCAAGGACUAUACCACGAAUGGAGUCGCAGACGACACCCACCCAAAUGAGCAGGGCUAUGCUAAGAUGGCUAAUGUUUGGUACAAGGCGAUUUUGGAAGCAUCUGAUAGAGGUUUCAUUCAAUAGAGUAUGCCUAUAGGUAACUCUUAAGACCUCUGUGGACCUAUAUUGUUAGCUCCGCAGGGUUUUUAUGAUAGAUAGAGGUUAUAGAUGUUCUCGUGCCGAUGUGAUAGAGUGGUCUUAUAUGUAUAAGUCGAGAUAUAUAAUAGAGCUUCUUUGUACAGUACUAGACUUCUGACAUGAUACUGCUCUUUUGGUAAUCUCUCAACUCCAAGUCAAAAAAUGAGACAGAUCAAGCAAAACCUUUCAAAGGAUAGACAUGGUUGGUACAAGCAGUACAGAGUCCGU